CGUCAGCCCUGACGUCACGCUGUCUGCAGCAGUGCUGAGCUUUGUGCGACGCGGAGAUGUUGGUGCGGACGGAGCAGCUCAGGAACUGCUUUUAUUGAAACAUAUGAACAAUUUGAGAGGCCAGGAGCGAUGCAGAGUCCUACCCGGGCAAACAGCGGGCCAACCCCUGUGACCACAGCACCCACAGAUCAACCACCGGACACAGGCACAGAGGCUCAGCCAGCACUCAAUGAACAACAUGCACGAGAGGAGGGGGCUGCAUCUGAGGCUCCGGUUGAGACUGACACAGUAAUCCCACCACAGGAAAAUGAGGCGGGGGUGCUAACUCCAAAAACACCUGCCACUGUGGCAGUCGUGCAGGCAGUGGAGAACGAGACUGCUCCUCUGCCGCUGAGUGAGACCUCAGAAAAGCCUGGAGGGAUGGAGAUGGACUCUGCUUUAAAGACACGUGCACCCACAAAAUGUGACACAAACACAAAUCCUCUGUGUGUCGGGCAAAAGGCAAAGAAACAGGAUAAAGUUGUACGUGAUGGGAGGAAAUAUGUUCCUUCCAAGAAGGCUAUGAUCGAUCCUCUGAAAAUGGACAUGUCCAAACCACUGGUCAUGCCUCUUACAUCAUCACAGCUCUCCCUGCAGUGCAUUGAGUGCCACAUAAUAUUCAGUGACCACAAGAGCAAAGAGCGCCAUCUGAAGACGAGCCAUCCAGCAGAAUAUGAGCAGUGCAUACUAAGGAACGCCCUUUUUGCCUGUUACGUUUGUGACCGCCAUUUCACAAACUCCACAGAGCUCAUGGUUCACCAGAAAGCCCACAUCGAGAAGAAACCCUUCAAGUGUCAGAUCUGCGGGGUGGCCUUUAAAAAGUCAUCCGAGCUCACCAUUCAUAAAAAAAUUCAUUUUGGCCAGGACGGCUAUGCCUGCACUGACUGUGGCAAACCUUGCAAAACGUUUACAUUGCUCAAGUAUCACCGACGCAAACACACUGGAGAAAAGCCGUACGUUUGCAAGGAAUGUGGCCAAUCCUUCCCCAUGUCCAAAACUCUGCAGAGACAUAUGGUGUCACACCUGCCAGAGGGAGCGGAGCUGGAUGAGCAAGCUGCCGCAGCUAAAGCAGCUAAAGCACAAGUGAAGAAAAAGGAUGGUGCCUCUACAGUAAAAUAUUCUUGCCCCAUAUGCAAGGCAGUUUUCAAGACUACCAAGACGCGGCAACAUCACAUGAAAACUAAGCACAAUUUGUUGCCUGCUGCACCCAGAAAUGCACCACCAGCUGGGCAGCAAGUGAAGCUAGGUACACCCAUCAUAACUCCGAUAUCUAUUUGCCAACCAGGACUAUUACAACUGGAGUCCAUUGGACCUCUGCAAAAAGUUGAUUCCAAUAUUGACACAGAGCAGAUUCGCAGACUGAUUGAGUCUUUAGGAAAUGUGCAGAAAGUGAACCAAGUUGUCAUAUUGGGGCAGGUGCCGUCUCAUGUCACACCACUGGAAAUGCAGCAAAUAUCACAUCUGGCAGAACCAGUAAACGUCAGUCCCCCUCAGAUAGAUUUUAUAGGACAGUCAGAAUCAAAGACAAUUGAACUGGACACUUUAAACCACCAAUGUGAUCCAAUGGAGCAAACAAUUAUACUGGAACCUAUUACACCGGACGGCCAAUUGGAAAACCCUCAUUUCUCAGAAUUAGGUUCCCACAUGACCAUAGGUGAAAGUAUAGAGCUGACAUUUGUUCAGACUGAACAAACAGAGAGACCCGAGGGAGAGGUGAUGCAUCAGAUCCUUCAACAGCCUGAGAUUAGUGCAAUUCAAUCUGACCCAGUGAAUCAAAUGGUUUGUCAGGAUGAGUUCGCUGACCUCAAACAAAACCUUGAGCAAACGUUCAUAUUAGAACUUACUCCUGCUCUGAUGCCAACUUUGGAGCUGGAGCAAUCCAAAACUUUGCCAAAAGAAGAAAUCCCGUCUUCCUCUCUUGUGCCAACCACUGAACUGGAGAAGAUUCCAGAUCAGACUGUGAUAGAUGAGCAGGAGACCGGCCUCUCAGUCCCAACAUUUAUGUCAACUGUUGAGUUGGAGCUGACACCUUUACAAACAGAGCAACAGGAUGUCACUACCUGCCCUUUUGUUCAAUCAGAUACACUUACAGAAACCCCAAGUGAAUCUGAAAGAAACGUCAAAGAAGAUGUUGAGUCACUUGUGCAGACAGAAAGUCUAGAUCUAAUCCACAAUGUGAUGGAUGGAGGUGCAACACAAGAGAUGCAAGAAAAAGAAGUGCAGGAGCCAUUUGAACAAGAAUCAUCUGAGAAAUUGCUAGUUGAUCACAAGACGGGUCAGAAACAGUUGUCUGAAGUUGAGGACGCAUCUGCUCCAAAAGAGGUUCCAUCACAAUUGGAGCCCAAGCAGGUGCCACAGAUUUCAGAGUUACCUGUUAAUGUAAUGUCGGCUCAAGAGCUAGUUAAAGUGCGGAAAAGAAAGCCAGCCAGGGCGUUUAUCUUUCAAGGAUAUAUACAAGAACAGGUCGGAUCCAUAACAAAGGAUGAUUUACAAAUUGAAGCCAAACCUGCCAAACGCCAAAGAACAAAAAAGUCUCAUCUUGUUGUUAAAUUUGGUCCACCGAGCAAAGAAAAGAAAAUCAAGAAACAGAAGAAGCCAUCACAGGAGCAUCAGCCAACACGGGAAAAAGAGAUAACAUCAAAUCUCUCACCAAAAAAAGCAUCACAGAAGAAGGGAAGAAAGGGAAAAAAAGAGAGGGAAGUGGGACACUUGCUAUCUACAGCUGAAAUAAAAUCUCCCUCAUUAAACCAGGAACCACAGGCACAGCAAAUCAAAGAGCAUACGAAACAAAAUAAAAUAAAAAAGCCAAAGGAACAACCCAGGGAGGGUGUGAUGACAGUAAGUGAACACAAAACUCCUGCUUUGCCUGUUUUUAAAAAGAAAAAACAAACGAAAAUAAUGCGAAAAGAUCAGCCCAAGAAAGCAAAGGAUGGGAAGAGAAAGAAAAACCGAGCAAAAAAGGAAGACGUUAAUACAAAUACAGGCACAUCUUCAACAGAAAUACAAGGACCACACACAACACAAGACCCGCUUGUUCUACUGAAAGGUCACAAACAGCCCCAGCUGAAAGUUUACAAGUUAGACCCAUCAAAGGCAUCAAGUCAGACACAAGAGGCUUCAGCUCAGGACGCCCAAACAAUGUCCCAACAGAGUAAAGACAACAAACACCCAACAAGUGAGUCUGCGAAUAAUCUCACAGCAGAAAACAAGAAGAAAGGAGGAAGACCAAAAAAGAAGCAGAAAGCUCUUUCGUUGUUGUCGUCGCUACAUGUUUCCCGUCAACCAUCCGAGACACUACCCACCAAGCCAAAGACCACCAGGAAGCGCAAAGCCUCCUCGAAAGUAGAGACCGAGGGAGUUAUAACUUCCUCUCAUUCCAAACGUGCCUUAGAGUGUAAGGACUGCGGGGAGAGAUUCAGUGAACUCUCGUCCCUUCAGAAGCACAAAGCGACGGUGCAUAUCGUGGAGAGUCCCAGUCUCACGUACACCAAUGGGAACAUCUUUGAAGGGGUUUCCAGGCUGGAUCUUUACCAGCUUCCCAAACAGAGUGAUAAGGUUGUUGGGGUGAUAAAUGCAGCUGCAGACUGGGAUACGGAGCCUGAGAUGACAGAGUUGGCUUUAGAAGACCGAGAGCGGAGUGUCUGUUUUCCAGCUUUGAUUCCAUCCCCGUCUUUACCUGUUCCUCCCUCAGAUGUUGAAAUGAGUGCCCAUGGAGAUAAGCAUGGUAGUAAAACAGGAGCAGAUGUUCAAUUUCAUACCUCUCCAGACGACUGCUCGUUAUCUGAUCAAGUGAAAAACAGUGAGAAGCCUCGAAAUUUCACAUCUGAAUCCGGUUUAAGUACCUCUACUCAGACAAAGGAUUUUGAGACUGGGGAGCCUUUAGAAUCAGAUGAAGCAGAGCAAGAAAACGGUUUGCUGAAGCAUCCCAGCCCAGACUCUGAAGUUCAAGCUAACGUGGAUGAAGACGUCAAGGAGGAUUUACUUCUCGAGGUAGAUAUGGUCACUGUUGGGGAGCAGAAUGAAAAAGAUGAAAGCGACCCAGCUUCAUCGCAAGAAAGUGUUGCUCAAGAUGAAUCCAAGGGAAAUUCUGAGAGUGGAAGCACUGAAACAGCCACAGCACCUGGGCAAGCUGAUGAAACAAUAAUGGAAAAGAGUUUAACUUGGCAAACAGUUUCGUGCUCCACGCACCAAGUGGUGAUCAAGGAAGAAGAGGAAGAAAUGUUAGUCCAGAGAAAAAAAGUUGAAGGGAAAGGAGCCGCAAAAAAGAAUGCUACAAGGGGCAGGAGACGAGGAAGGGGACAUCUAAAAAGGGGCAUGAUGGCUAAGACAUUUUUAGGUGGGGAUACUGUCAGAGGAACAGAAUCGGAGAAAGAACAAGAUGAAUGUCAGGUCGUUUAUGAAAAACAUACCAUCACCACUGAUUCAGAAACUCACGAUGAAGUUGAGACUGGCACAAAGACUUCACAGCCAGAGACCAAUCCUGAAUGUGAGGCCAUAAAAGCUACUGCUCCUGCCGCAUGUUUGCCUCUCGUGCCCCCUGCGAUAGAGGAAUCUCCUGAAGAGCAAGUCGUGUUUGAGCUGGAGUCGGUCACCACGAGUGUGGAGGAAGUAAUGAAUGAAGGAGAGGAACAUGACCGGGAGGUUGACCAGUCUCCAGGCAUCAUACUGGAGAAAUUCCUCACCUCCAGACAGAGAGAGACUGCUGACAAAGAGCCGUGCCUGAGGAGGAUCAAUCAGAGACAGGGUUUGAAAAACAUUACUGCGAAUGUAUUUCAAGUCCCUGGGAGCCAGGAGAUCAAGGUUGAAGAGAAUAUCUCAGACCCGCUGCUGGUUGCACCCUCCAGUCAGAAUAGGCCGAGGUUAAAUGUGCAGCCACAUCACCAUCGUGACAUCAGGACCGUUCUGGUGAAAGAGGAGAGCAGCCUCGUGCUGAAUGAGGCUCAGGCCUCACAGGGCAGCAGACACAUCAGAUGGAAUGUGGAGCCAGUGGACAAUGAAAACACUGCAACUCCAUUGAUACAGACUGGGGAGACAAUAAACGACAGUUGCAUCACACCAGAGUUCAACACCAACCAGUGUAUCUUCUACCCGGUUAAAGAGGAGGAGAGGGAGCUUCUACUCGGAGCCACUCAGACCAGCAGAGGGAGUUUAACACCGGAGGGAUCCAGUGUUGCACAUCAGACAGAGCUUCAAAGUGCUGAUCCUGCUUUAUAUGAAGGGAGCCACGCCACACAAGACUACCAGGAGAUAGCAGUGAGAGGGCUGUCGUCAGAACCAGGGGUCAGUGACUUCACACAUGGACAAGUAACCAGUCUUUCAGCAGAGGCAGAUGCUGAGUGGCCUCAUCCGCCAGACGUCCGGGACUUUCUCCUCCGGAGCUCUGAUGAAGAGGAACGAGGUGAACUGUCUGAGCCUCAGCUUGACUCGGAAGCAGAAGUGAUGGCUUAUUUUUACAAGAACAUGACCAUUGGUGCACGGCAGUCAGAUCAAACAUCUCUAUGUUUGUCAACUUCAACAAACCAGCUCCUUGCACCAAGAGAUGAAAACAGGAACAGGAAGCCUAUUGAUUACUUCUCCAAAUAUUUCGGUUGGGAUACCUGGAAAGAAAUUGCCAAUUGCACAAAUAAACUAUCCAGCAUGUCGAACCCCUUCACAGCACGAGAGGUUGCACAGUUUGUUGGGAUCCACGUUGCAAUGGGAACUUUGAAGUUUCCCAGUCCAAGGCUCUACUGGGAGGACUUGACAAAGGUUCCCUUAGUUGCUGAUGCCAUGCCACUUUCACGUUUCCUCGAGCUGACUUGCAGGUUGAAGUUUGCAUCUCCUGCAAAAGAUCCGGUCAACAGUAUUAUUCAAGAAGAAAGGCUCGAUGUUGACUUUCAAAAUGGACAGCAAGGUAAAACUCUGCCAAGCAGUCAAUGUGUAAUUUCUCAGCAAAGUGACGGGGAAAGCCAAUGUGACAAAACAAAUGAUCCGAACACUUCCGAAACACAGACUGAUCCGAUGUGGAAGGUUCAGCCAUUACUGAGCCGCUUCAAAGCAGGGUGCCAGUCCCUGAGCAGAGAGGGUGAUUAUGCAGUUGACCAAUAUCUACUUCCUUUGACCGGGAAGCUGCACAAUUACAAAGUGUCUCUCUACUGCACUACAUUAAUUGGAUUUGGGGGUUUACUCCUACAUGUGGAUUUUAAAUUGAAUCUCUCAGACAAAGAAGAUGCUGUAGAAAAAAUGGUCCCCAAAGGAAGUAUGGUGUUUCUUUGCAAACAGGAACUCUCCACCCCAGCAAUGCUGGAACGCCUGCUGGUUGCUGGAGUUCAUGGUGCAGGCAGGGUGGGUGGAGCACGAGGGCAGAUCGGGGAUGAGUUUGUGAGCUCAGACGGGAAGCUGAUGUUACGCAGAUCACACUGCGGCUUUAUUCUUUCUACUGCGGGGAAUGGCCAGAGGAGCAUGGCUUCUCUCACCGACAACUUUGAGAAGGCCCAGAUGUCGGCUCUUCUCAACAGAGAUUUGCGAAACCUUUACCCUAUUCCCCUCACUGCCUUGGCCCCAACCUGCUGGCCUCAAGCGGUGCUCUGGUACCUAACGGAUCUGGCUUUGGUCAACUCCUGGCUCCUGUACCGGGAGGAUCACCAGGCACCUUCUGCACCUUUGACUCUCAUGGCCUUCAGACUGGAGGUGUCCAAGGCUUUAAUCCUUUCCAGUGGCUCUGAUACACAGGACUCUGUUCCCCCCCAACCCCCUGUAGAGAAAACACACUCAACAAGUCAAACCCCCAAUCCCACCACAGUGGAGGAAUGUCCUCUGCCGGAUGCAGCCACGCGGUACGACGGUUCGGGCCACUGGCCAGAGCAGCUUGGGGAGGGAGAAGGGGGCAGGUGCCGUUUUGGGGACUGUCAGCGAACAUCUCGAGUGCUAUGCCUUAAGUGCUGUGUCUUUCUUUGUAUCUCACGCAACCACAACUGUUUUUUGAAUUUCCACAGUCAAGGCAGUUUCGGAAAAGAGUAGUGUUUACCCAUUGUUUUUAACAUCUGACUUUCUGUUCCAGGAUGUAACUGUGUUCAGCUGAUAUCCUCUGUCCUUACAACGUUCCCAUGAUGCCUUUCACUGGCAGUGUCUGUUCUUUUGUAAGAUUAUUGUGCUGCAACUGCAACUUCAAAAACAAAUGCUUUGUGAUAUGGCUUAUUAUAUUAUUGAGGAAGUGUAAAAAUGAAUUUGUCUUCAGAAGGAAAUGUAAAAAAAUUAACUCAUAGCCAUACACGUUUUCUGUAAAAGAGAUAAAAAUGAAUUUGAAAUUGAAAUGACCAUGAUAUUUUUAACUAUUUAUUUGAACUUGACUCAGUUUACGUUCCAUGAUGAGCUUGAUUUUAGCUCUGUGAUUGUAACAUUAUUUAUUUGAAUUCCAUGAAACAAUAAAAAAGAUUUGAAUAAUAAA